GUUCUUAAGCAAAAGCAGAGUAAUAAACCCAAAGACAAUAAUAAAUAAUGGAAGCUAGAGUAAUUUCUUGCACUACUUUUGGGGACGACAAGGUCGUGAAGAUUGCUGUUCCAAAUCAUCAAGCAAUUAACAAAUACAAAGCCGGAGAAAACGAGACUACCGUUGUUGUUUCUGAAGAUACAUGUUCGGAGAAAGAUGUCAAAGAGAUUAAGAAGUGUUGUGAGAAGCUCGGUUACGUUUACGAAGGAAGAGUUAACGAAGAGUACACUCAAACCAACACUGGACCCGGUUUGGUCUGAAAAUUUCAUAAUUUCAAUUAACUUUCUAUGUAAUACUGGUUUCUGCAUUUCCUUUAUAAGCUCUUAGUUAUCUCUUAAUGAUUUUGCUACUAUGAAUGAAUUUAUGAGUUAUUA